CACAAUGCCUUCGUCAUCACCAUCAGCUCUUCACCUAAAUUGGAGAGAGAGACAAACCGCGUUUUAGAGCGAGAAACUCAAACGGCAUUUUAGAGAGAGAGAUAGAGUGACCGAGUAAGUGAGAGAGAAAGAGCAAGAGAGCUCAACCCUAGAAAAUUAUGCAAUCCCGAUAAGGACUUGUGCUGAGACUAGAGCGAGCUGUGUUUUACCUUUUCUCACUCAGUAGUAAUUGCUUCUUUGCACUGUUGCGUCCUUCCUUUAAUUCCCAAGAGGCCUUUUCAAAUUUUAGUUUCUCUCACUAGUUCGAGGUCUUCACGGGGAAAGUGGAUGUUUUCAGAAAUUGCAGUGUCAUUUUAAGCUGUUUUGGCUUGCUUUCGCAUCUUGAGCUGGGGACUCAGAACUGGGCUGGCAUUGACUUCGAGUAUGAGAACAUAUCUUGGUGAUAGAUUUUCACAUAUUGGUUGUUAAGGUGGAAGUUACUUUUAAAAGAUUCUACACGAGUUCGGAGUAAAUGCAUGGAUCGGGGGGACCAAAUGGCGUUGUCUGGGUCUGCAUCUUACUAUAUGCAGAGAGGAAUAGCUGGUUCUGCAGGACAGCCUGAGCUUCAUGGUUCCCCAACUAUACACCAACUUUCUAAUUCGAAUCUACCAUUUCAACCCAGCAUUGGGGGUGGUACUAUUGGAUCCACGCUACCAUUAGAAUCUUCAGCCAUUUCACCUCAUGGUGUUAACGUGGGUGCUUCAUCUGGAGUGCCAUCUGGUGAACCUGUCAAAAGGAAGAGAGGAAGGCCUAGGAAAUAUGGUCCAGAUGGAACCGUGUCACUGGCAUUGACUCCACUGUCGUCUAGUCAUCCCGGAACCGGUCAGUCUGGAAGUGGAACUGUGACACAGAGCCAUAAGCGGGGUAGAGGGCGCCCACCAGGGACUGGCAAGAAGCAGCAGUUGGCUUCUCUUGGUGAAUUGAUGUCUGGUUCUGCUGGAAUGGGUUUCACUCCUCAUAUCAUCACCAUUGCAGCUGGAGAAGAUAUUGUGUCAAGAAUAAUGGCAUUCUCCCAGCAGGGGUCUACAGCCGUGUGUGUAUUAUCAGCCAAUGGUGCUGUUUCAAAUGCAACCCUCCGUCAGCCUUCAACUUUGGGUGGUUCUGUCACAUAUGAGGGGCGUUAUGAGAUAUUGUGCCUGUCAGGCUCUUACUUGCUUAAUGAAAGUGGUGGCUCACGCAAUCGAACUGGUGGAUUGAGUGUCUCUCUUGCUAGUCCUGAGGGUAAAAUCAUUGGUGGAGGAGUCGGUGGAAUGCUUAUUGCAGCAUGUCCCGUACAGGUGAUAGUUGGGAGCUUUUCAUGGGGUGGAUCGAAGACCAAGAACAAGAAAAAAGAAGUUGAAGAAGCUCCCAUGGAGUUGGAUCGUCAGGAUCAUCACGCAGUUCAUAAUCCAGUUGGUAUGAAUAACAUUAUGGCCAAUCAGAAUCUCACCCCACCAUCUUCUGUUGGUACAUGGCCGACAUCUCGUACGAUGGACAUUCGUAAUUCCCAUGUUGACAUAGAUUUAAUGCGUGGGUGACAAUAAUAUACACUAGUAAUGUGCAUAUAUUUCAGAUUCAUGGUCACUGGUCUAAUUUUCCUGUGGUAGAGUAUCUAGUAGAGACAGAAUGGGAAGUACUGCGAUCAGAGUAGAAGUUAGCUGACUUUUGGACCCAUGAUUAGCAAUUGGGUUGUCGUUGUUCUCAAUACUUGAGUAGGAAUUUCAAUUUCAAAUUGUUGUAUCUCCGACUGGUAAUGAUUUAUUUCCUUUCUGCAAAGAAUUGUCAUUGUCAGUGAACCAUAUAAAUUGUGGUUUGAGUGUCUAUUAUGCCAAAUCUUUCAUUUAAUAUUUCAA